AUGGUGGGCGGAGAAAUGCGACGGGAAGAAAAGUCCUCAAGGAACGACGUUCACGGCGUCAACGCGGUCGUGUGGGGACCAGCGUAUCGAACGCACCUCCGUCUGCACCGCGCGUUUGAACGCCUCGCGCCAAUCCGCGGGGCCCGCCGGAGGACGCGAACCGUCGUGACGACCGCGACGCGAACCGUCGCGGACGACGACGCCCGCCUCCUCCUCACGGUCCUCAUCAUUCUCUUCGCGCGUUGGCGACGGUUGACGUUCCAUCUUCGCGGCCUCGUCCCUUGCCUCCGCCCGGCCGAAGUGCGUCGCGAACAUCUUCCUCCAAAAGUGCUGAUCCGAUCGCGCGACCCGGCGCCAGUCCUUGCACGUCGCGCUCGCCGCGAGCGCGGCGUGGAACCCGGCGCAGAGGAGGACGCGCGCGACGCACGCGUCGGGAAGGUCCGCCCAGCGCGGCGAGGGAGGUGGUCGCGCGCGGGUUCGGUCGUCGUCGUCGUCGUCGUCGUCGUCGCCGUCGCCGUCGUCGUCGUCGUCGUCGCCGUCGCCGUCGUCGUCGUCGUCGUCGCGCGCGCCAGCUUCUUCUCGGGACGCGCCGAACGUCGUCGACGAGGACGACGCGGCGUCGUUCGAGCGGCGACGGCCGUCCGCGUCGUCGUCGUCGUCGCCGCCGGCGGCGGCGGCGUCCGCGACGCGUCGCGUCGGCGGGCUCGGCGGCGGGCUCGGCGGCGCGUCGUCGGCGACGGCGACCGCUCGGCUCCACCUCCCGCGCGCGUUCGCCGACGACGCUUUUCCGUUUUCGUCGUCGUCGUCGUCGUCGACGGCGUCGCGCGCCGCCGCGCGCGCGCGCGGGGGAGGUCGGCCGCGACGACCGAGCCGCUUGCGCGCGGCGCGAACCCCCGCCGCGACCGCGGCGAGGAGGAAACCCGGGCCCAUCGCGCGCGCGCCUUCAGGAGUGCCCCUCGGCCUGUACUUUUUUGCAUCUGA